AUGAGUAUAUUAGCGCGACAGGUCCUACGGCAGCAGCCACUCGUUGCAUCCACCGUCAUAAAGCCCUCAAUUGCCGCCGGACGCUUCUUUUCAACCUCGCCAGCUCGUGCGGAGACGAAAUCGGCAUCAGCAUCGCCCACACCAACGAAACCUCACUCGAUUGACCCGAAAUGGCUUACCUUGACAAAGCAGAGGAUUGGGAGGUGUAUGAUGUUUGGAUUGAAGCCGCCGCAAAUUCAGGAGGCGGGUGAUAUCUUGCAGCAGAUCGCGAAGGAUUGGAGGGAGUUGGUUUCGGGCAGUGAGGGCUUUUUGACAAAUGAGACUGUUAGGGGGUUGUUCCAGCACAAUGUGGCAUGGGGAGAGAUGGUAUGA